AAAAUACAAAAGCCUGAUCCUGACAUAUUAGAUUCACAUCAUCUGAUAGUCAUAAACAUUAUCCAGAAAAUGUUAGUUUUUUAUUACAAAACACGAAUUUAACUUUGUUUAUUUUUAAUUCACGUAGAAUAUUUACAAAAUCUGGUAUAAUUCAGAUCAAGCAUUGAAAAGUCAAUAUCUAUUUUUAAAUAAUUACAAAGAAAAUGAAUGGGUUUAUUCAAAACUAUUGAAUAAUUAUAUUCACUGUGAUGGAAAAUGCUGGAGAUAGAAAGUUGUUGGUUAGUAAAAUCCAGUAUUAUUUGCUAAAGAGAAAUAUUUGAUUUUGAACAAGAUUCUUUAUUGAAUGAUUAUUUUCCAAUUGUAAACUAUAUUUGUACAGUACCAUUCAAGCUUUGAAAAAUAAAUGAUAGGCUUUUUUGUGAUUGUGAUUGAGUCACUUAUUAUGUUAGCCUACAUUCAAUUCAUGUUUUUGGGACAGUUGAAGCAAUCAAGGUGAAUGAAGUUUUUUUUCGUUACUAAAUUCUCGAAUAAUAUAAUACAUUCAAACUGUGAAGAAGACACGAAACUUGUUAUUGAAUUUCUUCUCUUGUAAUUUGAGACAGCUUCGAGUUCAAGAGAAUUUAAGAAUUUCAAUUUGAUAGGAGGAAGUUUUUUUUCUACUGUUUGCAAAGGCUAUAAUCAUGUGAGCUACAACAACAAAUGUUUGUAAUUCACGAAUGGUAAAAUAUCUAAUUCAAUCACUUUCUAUUGUUACCUGAUUCUACUAUUUGGGACAUUUGAAAAAGUACGCUGGAGAAAUAAAAACAUGGCGUUAAAAGAAAUUGUUCCAGAUAAAAUUACUACUCAAGGAUAUCAAUUUUAUAGGGGCCAGUAUAUGGGGAAAGGUACUUUUGGGAAAUGCUAUGCCUUAACUAGGGUGGGGAGCAACGAGAGUGUUGCUGGCAAGUGCUUGUCCAAAAAAGUGAUUAGUGAUUUCAAAGUUGAACACAAAAUCAUGCAAGAAAUCAACAUCCAUAAAAAACUAGAUCACCGGAAUGUUGUCAAGUUUUUCGGUUACACUGAAGACAGCAAUUACAUUUAUUUGUUGCUUGAGCUAUGCGCAAAUCGGUCAAUGUCUGAGCUGAUCAAACGCAGAAAAUGCAUUACAGCUUUUGAGUCAAAGUAUUACAUGAAACAAAUUGUUUGCGGAAUCAAGUUUCUACACCAGAAAAACAUAAUCCACAGAGAUUUAAAGCUGGGGAAUUUGUUGAUCAGCAGUACGAUGACGGUAAAAAUUGCCGAUUUUGGAUUGGCUGCAGUUUGUUUAGGGAAAACUAGAAGAUUUUCAAUGUGUGGCACUCCAAACUACAUUGCUCCCGAAGUUCUAUCUCAAAAAGGACACAGCUUUGAAGUCGAUGUUUGGGCUACGGGUUGUAUACUGUACUCACUUCUUGUGGGCACGCCGCCCUUCCAAACUCAAUCCAAACAAGAAACCUACGAUAAAAUUUUGAAAUGUAAAUACACUAUCCCGGCAAUCGUCCCCAAAUGCGCUGCGAAUUUUAUAUCGAUCACCUUGAAAGUUGAUCCUCAACAACGUCCCAACAUCGAAGAACUCUCAGCAAACCAUUUUCUCACCAUGGGAUUCAUCCCUGACUACCUACCGUCAACUUGUAUCAUAAUGCCCCCCAGAACGCAAGCAUUGGUAAAUGCAGGAGACAGAAAGGUACACCCGCUGAAAGAUGCUGAUCAAUCGGAUUUGUCUACAAGGAGAAUGAAGUUCACCGAGCAGGAACUGAGCGAAAUGUUGGUGAAAAUCAAAAACUGUCUGAAAUUGAUUGUGUUGAAGAGUGAGACAGAAAUAGGUUGUGACGAAGAUGCAGAAGAUCCUCGAUUGAGACCUUUUAUUUGGGUAAAUUCAUGGACGGAUUUCACACAUGUGUAUGGUUUCAGUUUCAAGUACAACGAUAACACGGUAGGUAUGCUAUUCAACGACAAUUCCACGAUGGUCAUGCUACCUAGCGGUAAGAACGGGUACUACAUUCCCGAAGCGAACGAAACAGAGUACUACUUCAACGUGGAUAAGAUACCCAAUGAACUCAACAAAAAACUGACAAUAAUGAACUCUUUGAGAAAAUUUAUGUUUGAAAAUCUUAAAAACGCUUAUGAUAAUAAGAACGCUGAGGAACAAGAGCCGUUUUCCAUGGUGCCUGUUCUACAUAAAUAUUUCACGUCGCAAGAUUUGGUAGUUAUGUACCUCUCAAACGCAACAUUUCAAGUGAACUUCCUAUACGAUCACAUAAAAUUGAUAAUUUGCCCAGUUAUGGAUGCAGUUACUGUUCUCAACAAUCACACUGAUCAACUGAAAACGCUUCAUUUGGAUAUUUUGAAAACGUAUGGAUGCAGUCGUAUGCUGCACAAAAAAUUGAAGGAAAUUUUACCGAUUAUAGAUAAAAUGUUACAGAGCUAGAACUUUAGGUAAACUCAUCCAAUGAUAAUUCAUACUUUUUUGUUUUCAAAUAGUUUUUAAAUGUGUUUGAAACGGAUUGAACGUUGAGCCGUCAUUUAAGUGCAUAAAAGAAUUGUUUUAUCUUCAAUUUUUUCAAGAUUUGUUUAGAAGCGUUAUUCUAUAGUUGAUUAGUCUUUUAUUUUAUGAAGAAAUAAGUCAAAUAUGUUAUGUUGAGACAUCAAUAUUUUGUCAUUGUCAUUGGAGUACAUCAGUACCAAUAAUUUUAUUAUAACUGAUAUUUUAACAUUUACCAUGGAGUUUCAAAAGAUUAAACCUAUUUCAUUG